AUGACUGGCGCCGAUAGAACCGCCAAUAUCCCGCAGCAAAGUGAUGAUCAACCACCAGCAAAAAAACGAUGCAGGCGAGAGGGCGCUAAAUGGACGCGAUCUGGUUGUUUGACCUGUAAGAGGCGAAGAAAGCGCUGCGAUGAGGCUAAACCCAGCUGUCAAAGCUGCAUGAGGCUGGGCCUCGCUUGCGAAGGCUAUGGCUCAAUGUGGGCAACACCUUUCAGUCCAACGGCUCGCGUCUUCAAGCAGACAAAACCAGCCAAGAAGCGCACACCAAGUCGAUCUCCCACACCGUCCUUUAGCUCUACUGAAUCACCAGGACAGACGUCGCCAGGUUGCUCCUCUGCUGGAUCUCCCGCUGCAGAGCAAACACCUAUCACACCGGUAUCUCCACCCUCAGACCAAGAUAGUCCCAGGGAGCCAAUUGACUGCGGUCAAGAACCGAACCAGAGCAACCACCUCGUGAUAGCACCUCCCAGCCCUUCCAGACUGAUAAGCCAUCUCUCCAACUCCAAUACGCACUACCUCCAGUACCAUUUGGAAUACGGUUCAAGGCUGCUGGCAAACCUAGAGACUGACGAGAAUCCCCUGCGAUUGUUGCUCAUUCCCCGAGCGCUAUCCUCGCCACUUCUCAUGAACGCGCUAUGCGCCCUCUCCGCCACUCAUUUCGCUAACCGUGCCCACGACAGCUGGUCCGCAGAGCAGGAGGGAGCCAACUAUUACAUCGACACAAUGCGCGGACUUCGGACGGCCCUUGCAAAGAGCCCCUCGGUACAGGAUGAUGCUAUCCUCGCUGUCGCUCUGCUGUGCAAGUAUGAAAUCACACGAGGCAGCGUGAAGCAAUGGGCAGUGCACCUAGAAGCUCUCGACUCUUUAGUCCUUUCUCGAGGAGGAUUCGGUCAUCUCGACGAUGACACGGCGGAUUUUGUCCAAGGACUAUUGAUCUAUAUUAACAAUGUCGCCAAAAUCACCAACCAACGGACAAUCAAACUGCCCGUCUCCCUCCUUGAGCAUUCGGGCACCCGAAAACUCGAUAUCUACAUUGGUUAUACCGAGGAGCUCAUCAAGAUAUGCGCGCGAAUAGCAGACCUUCCCCUCCUAGCCACCGACCCGUUAGCACUAGAAACCGAAAUAAAAACAAUAGAUACCUUGCUCCGCACCUGGACCUCCACCAAAACCACCUACAUUAUUCCAAAGGGCAUAACCAAAUCUGCCAUCGCCCGCCUCCGAAUGGUGGCAGACUCCUUCCGCGAUGCGGCUUACAUCUACCUCUAUUCUGCCAUAGAACGGUUGCCACCAUCAUUGCAACCGGGCAAAACACUUGAUAUAUCCCGCUCGAAACCUGCUGCUAUUCAGAAACUCCUCCAAAGAAUCAAGGACAACCCCAUUGAUAACAAUUGCGAAUACUCAGCGCUCACUUUCCCGCUCUUUAUAGCAGGAUGCGAGGCGACUUUCCAGACGGAUAGGGACUUGGUUUUGCAGUCGCUGAUUACGGUUGAAGUUAAUUUCGGGAUUGGGAAUGUUAAGAGGGCGAAGGAGCUGUUGGGGGUUCUAUGGCGGUCUGAUGGAAAGACACAUUGGAUGGAUGUGUUGGAGGGGCUAGGGUGGGAUUUGAUUCUUGCGUAG